AUGAAUGCGAGGACGUAUCUGCUACAAUGCGUCCUUUAUUGGUCUGGAUAACGGUAAGUUUAUCCUCUUCAUAGUUCCUGGUGGGUUUGCAGAUUGUGGCUUCACGAGUUGCAAAUCUUUGAGCAAGUAGAUACUGCUAGAUGAACUUGAUCUAGAGAGAGGAAAAGAAUACAAAUGGAAGAAGCAAAAUCUUCAAGGAGGUAUUCUUUGGGACCUCCAUGGAUUUUCAAAGGAAGAGCACUGUACCAGCUUCACCUUGUGAAAGCAGAUACGGUUCGUGCCCUGGUCCCAAAGGACCUUCGACUCGUUGAAGCAUUUGGAUAUACCCUUGGUGGGAUGUUCCUUGCCCAUUACGAAGACAGUCCUGCUGGAGCCUUUGAUGAGCUGGUGACUAUUGCAGGCAUUGUGUGGAAUCCACCAACUUCAUGCGCAUGGGCUUCAAGGGUCCUAGUGAGCAGCCAUGAAGCUUGUCAGCAUGGAAGGAAGGAUGUUGGAUUGCCUAGUCACUAUGCAUCAUUCUCUAAGAGAAUCGAUGCGAUCGAGACAGCAACAGAAGUCAAGCAAAGAAGUUUUCUCAAUUUUUUAGGUUUGGACCGCAAGAAUGACAAUAAGCAAAAGUUUGUGAAGAUUGAAAUAAUGGAUACUGUUACCGUUUCUUCUGCUGCGUUGUGCAAUAUAAGCAUUCCUAUGACCGGGUCAGAGACAAAUAAAAGUUGGAUGGGCCCUCACAUUCGGAUGUCCCUUCCUAGCUUCAGCGGCAACACUGACGACAAUCCUCACCUUCUUAAGUAUUCUUGCCAGAUUAGUUGCAGCAUCCGAGCAGUUGAACCUGCCAAAAUAACAGCAACAGACUCUUUGAAAAUGAGUUGUGGUAAUGAAUGCCAGAUAGAUGAUGAAAGUAGCUCAACUUUAGCUUCUGUAGAUUCUAGCAACUCAAAAAAUGUUCAACUUAAUUCCUCAACAGAGAACGAAGAACGUCAAAGAAGCAUUUCUGUUCUUCUAUCAAAGCCUAUACUGGCAUUGGAGUUCAACCACAUGACAAUGCAGGUUGAUGCUCCUCAUAUAGUAAUUCAUAAACCAAGUAAGAUGAGAUGAAGCUUGACUAAACAUGGUCCAGCUCAUGAUUGCAUGCAGAGAAGCUCUUGAACAUGGUCUGCUAUGAGCAAAGGACGGAUCUUUUUUUUGGGUGUGGAUGCAUAAUUAUUGUUUGACCAUGUGUGGAAGCAAGUCUGAAUCUUCUCCUUUGUUGCAUUUGUUGCAAAUGUAUCAUGAGGGUCAGCUACAUCAGCACAGGGUGUCUGGUCCUGUCUGCUGUUCUUUAAGAAUUUGGUUCACACUUCACACUUAUCUUUCAGAAUUUUCCCAGCUGGUGUAAUUCAUCGUUUAUUCUUCAGCAUUUGUUGGAAUACUAUUUCGAAGAUCAAGGCCCUUCGUGUAA